GAAAGGCCCAAAACAAAACCAAAAAAACGGAUUCACCAAUCGCCUAUGAGUUUUUUUGGUGAUUUAUAAACAGGAAGCAGAAGAAUCUUCAAGAAACCAUUUUUGAUGCAAACAUCGUCUUCUUCUACAUCCAAAUUGUUACAAACUAAUGGCUACCCCGUUUAUUGCUGGGCUUGCAAUAGCGACCGCAGCCAUGGCUGGUAAAUAUGGAAUUCAGGCCUGGCAAUCUUUCAAGGCUAGACCCCCGAGGCCCAGAUCACGCAGGUUUUAUGAAGGCGGGUUCCAACCAACAAUGACAAGACGAGAAGCGGCUCUAAUUCUUGGUGUUAGAGAGAGUGUGGCGGAAGAUAAGGUGAGGGAAGCACAUCGAAGAGUAAUGGUUGCAAACCAUCCGGAUGCUGGAGGCAGCCAUUACCUAGCUUCAAAAAUCAAUGAAGCCAAAGAUGUAAUGCUUCGAAAGAGUAAGAACACUGGAUCGGCAUUUUGAUUUGUGUGGGACCCACUUAAUCUCCGGGUGUUUUACUCGAUUUCUGAUGACCAACAGUCCAUGUGGAUUGUGGUAAUAUACAGAACUUUUGGUCUAAAUGGUGGUAACUACGGAUAUAUGUAUCCAUUGGUCUAUUGUUAUUUUUUUUAAGCUUUUAUAUGUUGUUUGGAUGAUCAUGAGAUGAGGCAGAACAGUGGACUAAAUUUGUGGACCAAUGAGGCUUAAGAGUUUUGACUAUUUUGUCUAAACUAACAAUUUGACUUUGACUUCUAUGGUCAAACAAGCUUUGGGUUGAAUGUUU